AUAUCACAGAAGUUAAAAGAUAUGCUGCAUAAGAUUAAGUAAGAGGAGAGGCUUAAGGAUUUUCUGUACACUGUCCAGAUUGUGAAUUGUUUGAAGAACACAUUCAAAGUUGAAACCAUGGAAACUUCUCAUCCUCUUUCUAUUGAAAGUUUUUCUUACAGUUGGUUGGUGAACCUGAAGCCAUCCAUAGAAAGCCUUGAAGGCUCCCUCAGAGCUUCCCUUGAUGCUUCUGAUGAAGCUUCCUUCAUUGAAAUGGACCCAAGAAUGCCACCUUCUAAAAGGUUCUUCAGAAACUCUCAAGAUUUCAAAUUUGACUUCCCCACUUCACAGUCCCCUCUCACUCUUGUUGAUGCUGAUGACCUCUUUUCCAAUGGUUAUCUCAUGCCCCUUUUUGUUGAGUCUUUGAAAAUGGAAGCAUAUGAGGCCUCAGAUUCCAAUCCAAGUCUACCUUCCUCAUCACAUGUGCCAAAAAUUGUGGUUCCUAAUGCUCAUUCUAGAUGCCCUUCAUUGAAAAGGUGCAGAACAUUGUCAAGGAGAAUAUUUCAGAAGUACCUAAACUUCUUGAGGCCCUUGUGUAGAAGAUUGAGGAGUGCCAAAUCAGGUUCAAAAUCUGAAUCUGUUAUUAAAAGAACUGAGUCAGCAAAGAAUAGGGGAUGCUACUCUGAAACAUCCCCACGGAUUAGUGUAGCUUAUUCUGCUGACGACUGGCGAAAGUCCUGUGAUUCAGAAAGUUCAAUUUAUGAAGCAGUUCUUCAUUGCAAAAGAUCCAUUGUAUUUGACACUGCAAGAAAUUGCAGACAAAUGAGAGAGGAUGAAUUAAGGAUGCUGCAAAAGGGUUGCAUUUGGAAAUUAAAAAUCAAAGAGAAGAGCGAAGAUAAAGGGAAAAGAAAGAUUAUCAAAAGGCUAAACCAUGAUCAGCCACUGCUCUGCUCCAUCAUCCUCUGCUUGAAUCAUUUUAAAAUGUCAAUAGGAAAUAAAGAUGUGGUUGGUCAAGCAUUAUUCAUGCACUACGAUCAAAUUCUGGGAAACGGAAGAAGAAAAAUUAUAGUACAAUUUUGUAUGUUCAUCAAAUUUAUAAUGAGAAUGAACACUUUUACUAAAGAUGAGAGAAUCUGCUUCCUGUUUCAGUAAAGUUAUUCUUGAACUGAUUUUUGGAAUCAGAAACGUGUUAUACAGAUGAAUUAUGUAUAUAAGAUUCUGAUAACUCGGUAUAUAUCUUAUCUCUUAUUUUUUUGGCUA